AUGAAAGGUAGUGCUCCUAAAUUAGAUUGGAAAUUUUUGUAAGUAUUUGGUGAUAAGGCUUCUGUUGAGAAGGUGUCAGAAGAAGAUAUCAUUUCAGCUAUUUCAUUCGAUAAAACUGGACGCUUUUUAUCAUUGGGUGAUAGAGCUGGUAGAUUAAUUAUUUUUGAAUAAUGCGCUACCUCCAAAUCUAAGAGGGUUGAGUUCCAGUAUCUUACUGAAUUAUAGAGCCAUACUAGAGAAUUCGAUUACUUAAAGUCAACUGAUAUCGAAGAGAAGAUUAAUUAGAUCGUAUGGAUGAGAAAUUCAGGUAAGAAUAUGUAUGUUUUGACUACAAAUGACAAAACUGUCAAACUUUGGAAGAUUUCUGAAAAGAAUAUCAAAAAAGUUAUGAAGGGAGCAGGAAAAGAUUUAAAUAUGCCAAAAUUGCAAACUCUAGAAAGUGGCUUAAUGCCAACAAUUCGUAAGGUCUACCCCAACCUUCAUACUUAUCACAUUAAUGCCAUUUCUGCUUCUUAAAAUGAAGAAUUUUUGCUCUCAUCUGAUGAUUUAAGAGUUAAUCUAUGGAGUAUUGAAAAUCCAAAUAAGGCAUUUGUUGCUGUUGAUCUUAAACCAGAUAAUCUCGAAGAACUUUCUGAAGUUAUUACAUCAUCAUAGUUCCAUCCUCAACAUGACAAUAUGUUCUUGUACACUACUUCUAAGGGUGUAACUAAAGUAGGUGAUAUGAGAAAGAGUGGUAUAUGUGAUAACACUGCUAUGACAUUCUCUGAAAAGGAAGAUCCUUCAAAAAAGAACUUCUUCACUGAAAUUGUAGCCUCUAUUUCUGAUGCUACAUUUGCUCGUAACGGAAAAUAUAUUUUUGCAAGAGAUUUCUUGAGCGUAAAAGUUUGGGAUGUUGCUAUGCAAAAUAAGCCCGUUGUAACAAUUCCUAUUUUUGAACCUCUUAAGAGUAAGCUUUGUGAGUUAUAUGAAAAUGAAUGUAUAUUUGAUAAAUUCUCAAUCUCAAGCAGUCCAGACAGCAACUUCUUUGUCACUGGUAAUUUCAACAGCACUUUCCACGUGAUUGAUAGAAAUGGCGACUUAAAUAACUAAUUCGAACUUAACUUUAAUAAAAAGACUCUUAUUAAACCUAUUCCUCCUAAAUAUUUUGAAAACUUAGGCUCUAAUUAUGAUUUUUCAAGAAAAGUUUUAAAAACUGCUUACAGCCCUGUUAAUCAUACUCUAGCUAUUUCUUGUCUUAACUGUUUGUAUUUUUACAAUGCAACUGCUCCCUCUGCUUGA